AUACAAAUAUGGCGCUGUCCAUUAGUUAAUUAUUUUGCGUGUGUGUGGCCGAAAGAAAUACAAAGCUGUGUACGCGUACUUCAAAUGCAAUUUUAGAGAAUCAUGAAUGGACACAAUGACAGGCCAUCUCAAAAGCGGUUUAAAUUUUCACAAAAUGGAGAUGACCAUUACAAUAAGAUCAGAGAGGAGAGGCACAACCUGCCCAUUUACCCAGCCAGAGGGAGGCUUAUCAGUGAGGUGCAGAGGCACAGCAGUGUUGUGAUCAUAGGGGAGACGGGCAGUGGGAAGACAACACAGAUACCACAGUUUCUGUUUGAAGCAGGCAUCAACAGGAACUCGAUUAUUGCAAUAACCCAGCCCCGCAGAGUGGCAGCUAUCACCAUCUCACAGCGAGUGGCACAGGAGAAGAGGACUGACCUUGGGGAUCUGGUGGGUUAUUGCGUGAGAUUUGACGACACAACCUCAGAGCGGACUAAGAUCAAGUACAUGACUGAUGGUAUGCUGCUGAGAGAGGCCAUAUCAGACCCACUCAUGAAACGGUAUAGUGUAGUCAUUCUAGACGAGGCCCAUGAGAGAACCAUUCACACAGAUGUCCUGUUUGGUGUUGUAAAACAGGCUCAACAUGAGAGAAAAAAACUGGCCAUGAAACCCCUUAAGAUCAUAGUGAUGUCUGCUACGAUGGAUGUGGACCAUUUCUCCCAGUAUUUCAACAAGGCCCCUGUCCUGUACUUGGAAGGCAGACAGUUCCCUAUCAGGGUGCUAUACUGCAAGGAGGAGCAGUCUGACUACCUGUUUGCUGCCCUGGUCACACUGUUCCAGAUACACAGGGAGGCUCCAGCACAAGAAGAUGUUCUGAUAUUCCUCACUGGCCAAGAAGAGAUUGAGUCAAUGGUGAAGUCAAUACGGGAUAUUGGUCAGAACGUGCCGGGUAACACACCCAACCUCCUGGUGUGCCCCCUGUAUGCAGCCCUGCCUGCACCCCAGCAGCUUAAAGUCUUUCAGACCACACCCAAGGGCUGCCGUAAGGUGAUUGUGGCCACCAACAUUGCUGAGACGUCCAUCACCAUCAGUGGAGUGAGAUUUGUCAUAGAUACAGGCAUGGUGAAAGCAAAGAUCUACAACUCCCAUGGAGGCCUAGACAUCAUGAAGGUGGUACACCUGUCCCAGGCCCAGGCCCAACAAAGGUGUGGUCGAGCUGGACGCGAGUCACCGGGCACCUGCUAUCGGCUCUACACGGAGCAACAGUAUGAGGCAUUCAAGAAAAACACAGUGCCUGAAAUACAGAGGUGUAACCUUGCCAGUGUGGUUCUACAGCUGCUGGCCAUGGGUAUACAUGAUGUUGUGAAUUUUGACUUCAUGGACAAACCUUCUACAGAGGCUAUACUAAGUGCAAUAGAACAGUUGAAACUGUUGGGUGCCCUAGAAACAGAUGCUGAUCUCAAAUUGACCUCAUUAGGGAAACUCAUGGCACUUUUCCCUCUGGACCCAAAACUUUCCAGAGUUAUACUGGCAGCAAAAGAUCACCACUGUUUAGAAGAGAUCCUGUCCAUAGUGUCCCUUCUCUCAGUGGACUCCAUCCUCUAUACACCACAGAGCAAGCGUGAGAAAGCCCUGGCAGUCAGGGAAAAGUUCAUGUCCAGUGAGGGAGACCACAUCACUCUACUUAAUAUCUACAGGGCCUACAAGGGGGUCAACGGCAACAAGGCCUGGUGCAUGGAGAAUUUCAUCAACAUGAGGAACAUGCAGACUGCAUUUGAUGUGCGUAAACAGCUGCGUGAGAUCUGCAUGAAACACAGCCUACCUCUGGAGUCCUGCGGGCAGGACACUGCAAGCGUCAGAAGAUGCCUCACCACAGGGUAUUUCAUGUCUUCUGCAGAGUUGCAAAAGGAAGGCGAAUAUGUAUCACUCUCCACUCGUAAGACGGUUUCUAUCCAUCCAUCCUCUGCAUUGUUCCACUGUAAGCCAGCGUAUGUCCUGUAUAACGAGUUGGUCCAAACCACCAAGUGCUACAUGAGAGAUCUAUGCGUGGUCGAUGCAGACUGGCUCUACCAGGCAGCACCAGUGUACUUCAGCAAAAGAAAACCCGGCAUGCAUACCCAUGCUUGAUGUUGUUUAGCAAUGUGUUUGUUUUGUAUUACGUUGUACAUAAUAAAAGAUUUACACUUAAA